UGAUGUGAAUGGUCAGGUCGAGGGGUUCGUUGUCGGGGAUGAAUGCGGUCUACCGUCAAGGUAACAGAACAAGAAAGACAAACAAGCGGACGGAUGAGAUGAGCAGGGACGAGAUUGCAAGGGUCGUGAAAGUUGGAUGCUAUGUGAGCGUGAUGACGAUGCUGUGCUGUAGUGAGAACGCUCCUGGCGUUCGAAUGUGCGAGAAGAGAGACUUGACUGCGAAGGCGGGGUCACUGCGAUGCCGGAUCGGACCAGAAUGAAGCGAGACAAUGCGAGGCGGAAGGUGAAGAAGAAAGUUGGGGGAUGGAGUCUACUUGGGUGCUCCUUAUAUAUUUCGCAGCUUCCUUUCACGCUUCCCUCGUUCGAUGACAGACCACUCGCGACCGCCUCGUCUCGCACUCCGCCAUUGCUUGAUCUGUGUCGGGUUCGGCGUUCCAGCGACUGAAAGCGUGAGAACGCAAAGAGCGCAUCGAUGCACGAAAACGCCAACAGUGAAUGCCGCAUAAGCCUGUCCCCAGAAAUAGCUUAACCCAUCUUGGGUCUUGAGUGAGUGAGUGACUUUGCGUCCACCAUGAUGUCACAGCUUGGAGGAACAGUGAGUAGUCUGAGUGGCAAGCAUGCAUGAUUGACCAGCAGGCGUUCUCAGGAAUGUUUGCAUACAUGCUGAGCCUUUUCAACAGCCCAAGGCUUGCAGCUGCUGGGCGUCAGGCGCCAGGGAGUUGUCGCGCAAGGGUGCCUGGCGUAUAUGCAGGUCCAGAACCUUGUACCUCGUAGCACCUCAUUUCUAACAUAUUGCUGGCGCUGGCGAGGAGAACAUCCGUGAUCACGAAGAAAG